AUGUCUGAAGCUGUAGGAGAAGGAAGUUGUAGUAAAAAAACGAAGAAAACUGAUGCCUCAGAUCCUGAAGUGGUGCUCGGGCACCGUGUAGUUCAAACUCGCGAUGUAAAGUGGCUAUGUGUGCCAGACAUUUACCAGAAGUUGCAUAGACCUAAUUUGUAUGAUAUUGGCGGCACAUAUAUGCAUGAAGUAGCAGACUAUUGGUUCAUGUUCAAAUCGGAACAAGUGGGUAACAUUUUCCUGCUGCACUUGUUUAUUUGUAACCACACAGAAAGCUGUUUCACGGUCGCCGUCAGCUGCAAUAGCACUCUCAAAGUUGAUAAGAAAAACAAAAUAGUUUAUUUACAGCAGUACCAUAAGGAAUUUGAAUUUAAAAAAGUCCCAGAAAUGUUUCACAGUUACCUUACCACAUAUAACUUUACAGAUAUUGAUGUUGAACUUUUUAAAGACAAGAAUUUGUAUAUAGCAGUAAAUUUCCCCUGUGACACCAAGGGAAUUAGUCUUGAUGUAAUUAACAGGAUUAAAAUUAACCAUGACUGUGGGGCUCUAUUGACAGACCCUAUUGAUUCAGACUUCACCAUAGAAUCUGCAGACGGAGGCAAGUUUAAGAUUCACAAAGUCAUUCUAGCUGCCCACAGUGAAGUCUUCAAAGCAAUGCUUAAAGAAGAGACUGCUGAGAGUCAGAAUAGUUAUGUUAAACUUGUAGAUGUCAGUGAAGAAGAUCUACGUGGUAUGCUAGAGUACAUCUACACGGGCACAGUGAAAGAUGUAGAAAAUGUGAAUUUUGCUAAUUUGUUGAUGCUAGCAGACCGAUAUAACUUACAAGGUCUUUGUGAACUGUCACAGUAUGCUCUCUCAGAGCAGUUAGGAUUAGACAAUGCUUUUGAUAUUUUAGUCAUCUCAGACAUGUAUGACUCUGACUUUUUGAAGAAUGAAGCUUUAAAAUUCAUAAAAACUAAUCCGGAAGUGCUCGACUGUGCUACGUUUAAGGAGAUUAAUAGUCCUGCUUUGAUAAGGGAGUUGUGCACCUACUUAGCUAAGUAG